AUGUCAACGACGCUGUCACAAGAACAAAAACCAAUGACCCCAAAUUAUGUCAAUAGCAACAUGUCACAGCAACAAACGCCUCAUUCGUCUGGCGUUACCGUUGGUGGUGGUGGUGCUGUAUCAAUGAUGACUCCAUCAUCUUUCCAAAAUUCAUUAGGUACACAACAGCAUGGGCAUACUGAUGAUGCUGAUGAACAUAGUGAUCCCGAUGAGAAAAACUUGAUUCCAUCAGUAAACAAAAGAUUAGAUUUAAGUCCCAUGAUUGAAAAAUUUACUUCCAUAUUAGGUAGACCGAAUUGGAUAAAAUAUGCGCAAUUAUUGAGUCUUUUCAUCCUGGGAAAAUUGUCAAGAAAGGAAUUAUCAAGAGAAUUAGAAUUUAUUUUCAAUUCUGUUGGAAUACAUAACGUAUCAUCAUCGUCCAAUAAGAAAUUACAUAUUGAUAUUGCCACAAUUGCAGGCGAUACCUUAUCUUUAAAGAGACAAAGAAAGAGACUUCACAAUAAACGUAUUUUGACAAGGUUACAUAAUCAAUUAUUACUAGGUGUAUUGACUAAUUCACUGAAAGAUUCUCCAUUGAGCAAAAAAGGAUCACGAUUUGGAUUUCAAAAUGCCUCUUCGUCAUCAUCAUCAUCUUCAGGGACAAAUGUUGGCAUUUCAGCUUCAACAAAUAAAAACAUGAAACGGUCAAAUAAGACAAGUUCGCAAAUUGAAAUAUAUAAAAAAAUUGUAUUAUCAUUACCAAUAGCAGAUAGGAAUAGAUUAAAAUUAAUAACUAAAGAUGCUGGGAAACAAGGUUUUAUUUAUUGUUCCGUGUUACAGUCAAGAUUAAAUAUAGUCCCCAAGAUCCCUAUAGUUUCUGAACCUGAGACUUUGAAAAGAAUUAAGUCUAAUAAUUUAAAAACCCCAUUGGAAUGGUCACAAGAUAUUAUGAAUGGAUUCAAUACUCCAUUAUGUACGGAUAAUUAUUCAUUACCCGAUGUGGAUUCGUUAUAUUUAAAAAUGACUGGGAUAUCAAGAGAACAUGGACUUGUAGGAAAUGUGGAUACUAGGUGUAUUGAUAUUUUAAUGAUGGGAUUAGAUCAUUAUUUGAAAAAUAUUAUUGAAUUUACCAUUGAUUCAGUACGAUAUAGAAAGAAAAAAUAUUCUGAUUAUUAUGAUUUAGAUGAUGAUAUUGGAUUUUAUAAACCUGUCACUGGAGCAGAGACAAUUGGAGAUGAUAGCAGUAGUGAUAAUAAAAAACAAGAUCGGGAUGACGAAAAUGCAAAGGAUAUAAUAUCAUUGACAAAUGAAGAUCUUUAUAAUACAUUGAACAUUUUCCCCAAUUUAAUUGAAUCUACAACAAGUGCAUAUUAUAAUUUAACCAAUUUAGGAUUACUUAAUGAUGAUGAAUUAGUUGUCGGUAAAAGUAGUAUUGAAGAUUUACCUGAAUUCCAAUUAAAUGAAAAACCAACGUUCACGCCAAUAGAUGAGAAAAAUAUUGGUACAAGAGAAGAAUUAAAUUGGUUAAUUAAAGAUAUUUUAACUAAUGAAUAA